UAAUUUUACAUUAACAGGGGUAAAAUCCAGCGGCUUUAUUGCAGUAGUUUGCAUUUUCGCAAUUGUUUUGUCUAAAAACCUCAUUAAAAUUUGUGCACAAUAAAUGCACUGUUGUGUUGAUUUAAUGACUUUUAUUAAAUUCGAAAUAUUCUACAUGCGUUAGAACUUUGUGAAAACGAAUUUGAUAAAAAUACGUGGGUCAAGUUUUUCAUAAAAGCAAGUAACCAUAUCCAAACAAUACGCAAAGAUUUUACUAAUCUUCAUCGUUGAACUUGUUUGGUUGUAAUUGUAAACCUCUUAUAAUGGAGGAGUCGCUUAAUGUAGAAGUUGAGGAAGCAAUGCCAGAGGAAAGGCAGACGGAUGAAAGCAGUCCUGCGAACCUUACCAAAGAGAAGCGGGAUCGCAAGGAAAAACGAAAUUUUAUAUGCGGUGUAAUCGAAGGUUUCUAUGGCAGGCCAUGGACAACGGAGCAACGUAAGGACCUUUUUAGAAAGUUAAAAAAAUGGGGUAUGGAUUCAUACGUCUACGCACCUAAGGACGAUUAUAAGCAUCGAGCUUACUGGCGUGAAUUAUAUACAGUGGAAGAAGCUGACCAUCUAACAAGCUUAAUAACUGCAGCUAGAGAGCACGAUGUAAUAUUUUACUAUGCUCUUUCACCUGGCUUGGAUAUGUCUUACAGUAGUCAAAAAGAAAUCCAAACUCUCAAGCGAAAACUUGAUCAGGUUUCACAAUUCGGAUGUGAAGCAUUUGCUUUGCUCUUUGACGAUAUCGACUCGGAAUUGUCUAAAGUAGAUAAAGAAGCUUUCCAGACAUUUGCCAAUGCGCAGGUGUCUGUAACUAACGAAAUAUUUUCACAUCUGGGCAACCCGAAAUUUCUGUUUUGCCCCACGCAGUAUUGUAGUUCUCGUGCGAUACCAACAGUACACGAUUCUGAGUAUUUAAACACAUUAGGCUCUAAACUUAAUCACGAUAUAGACAUAAUGUGGACCGGAAAUAAAGUAAUCUCUAAAAUUAUUAGUCUGGAAUCCAUUCAAGAAAUAACGGAAGUACUACGUCGACCGCCUGUUAUUUGGGAUAAUUUACAUGCUAACGAUUACGACCAGAAACGGGUUUUUCUUGGGCCCUAUUCAGGUCGUUCGCCAGAAUUAAUUCCACAUUUACGAGGAGUUAUGACAAAUCCAAACUGUGAGUUUCACGCUAACACCAUUGCCAUUCACUCUUUGGCCAGUUGGUCGAAAUGCAGCCUUGAUUCCAAAGUUAAUAGUUCACUUUCGGCCGACAUUAAAUUGGAAACUGAAAACGAAGAUGGAACGAAUGAGGAAGAGCUGCCAUUGGAUUGUUUAUCAAAAAAUAUGUAUCAUCCACGUAUCGCGUUAAAAAAUGCUAUAGAUGAAUGGCUGCCCGAGUUCUUUUUAACAAAAGAAGCUUGGGGUCCUAUUACGAAGCCGCAGCCACAAGUGACAAUGGUUAUGCCUAUUAUACCAAUUAUACCGUCUAUCAACACCUGCAUGAGUUUGACGACAACAACCACAACAUCUACUAAUACGAAAACUAUCACUGUGCCGGAAGUGAACACUACACAGCUUCAAGCUUUGGCAGACGUUUGCAGCACAGUUAACUCAUCCGUUAUUAACCCGAUUGGAAAUCCAGUAAUGAAUUCCUUGGUUUCUCCGACAAAAGUUGUAACAAAUGACGACAUUGUAAAUCCAAUUUCUACUUCUGUGGCUUCAAAUAUUGAGUUGCCUAAAAAGAUCCCAAUAUCGAUUGUGGCAGUGCCAAUAAUGCACACCAAGGCAGUGGAGGAUAUAUUGCCUAGAAAUGUGGAUACGGAAGACGAUGGUAAAACGGCGUGUUCUGAACUUGGGCUACCGACAGCGAUCACUUCAGUACCGAUAACGAACGAAAAUAAUGUAGAAGCUUCGCAGGCGGCUAUAGUUGAAGUAAAUAUUAAGGAUUGUCCUGAGAGUGCGAACGAAGUCAAUAAGAUGGACAAAUUGAUUACCGAGAAAGCUGAAGUGCUAACAACCGAAUUAGAAGAUUUGAACACGAUUAAUGAAAACAAGACAUUAGCUGUUGCGCUGAAUGAAAGUGAUGGAGCAGUCGUUGACAGGGACACAGUUUUAUCGAUAGAUACCAGCGCUACACCAGGGGAAAUUAUAAAUACCACAGAGACGCUACCUAUGAUAGAUGAGCACACUUUAAGCCCGCUCAGUGCAACUAGCGCAGGGGGCAAUGAGCCGAUGGAGUGCAGUAGCAGUCUAGCUUCGCAAGCUUCCGGAAAAGAAGAUCGCAAAAUUAUCUCUGAGGAUGUGGUAAUGGCUGAAGGCGUGGAAGAUGACGACGUUUGCAAUGGCUCCAUGAACGACUUGAAUAACAGCAUGCAGGUUGAAAGCUCUGGGGGCUCGCCACUCUCCAAUGCCGACAUGAAAGAUUAUGAAGACAAAACCAUUCCUGAAGCCGGUAGUAGCAGCCGUAUUACAGUGGAGGAUCUUUACUUACUAUGUGAUCUCUUUUAUCUUCCGUUCGAGCAUGGAAGUCGUGGUGCUAAGCUAUUAAACGAGUUUAACUGGUUGAAAGCAAAUGCUGGCGUUUUAUUGGGGAUCGACAAAGCUGUUAGAAAAUGUUCCAAUGCGGAUGGUGCAGUAUCACCGAAACCAGAGGUAGCCGAGUGGAUGCAACGUGCCGAAUCUUUCUCUAAACACUGCAAUGCUGUACACGAACUACUACGCAAAAUUGCCAAUUGCGCUAACAAGGAGAUAUGUCACGAUCUAUUUUCUUACGUGUGGGAUAUUGCAGGGACUUUAACUCUUUUAAACGCUUUUGUAAAGUGGUUAAGUCUUGGCCAUUUUCCGGCUAAUGUGCAAACAUAUACCCAGGGUACAUACACAUGGUUUAGUAAGGGCUGGAAGGAGGCCUUCAUGUCCGGCGAUCAAGAACCUUGGGUAUUUCGAGGUGGACUUAUUGCCGAUUUACAGCGUCUAAUGCCUGUGGAUUCCGGUAAUGACUUGUUUAUGUAUAAACUGCCUGAACUGCCAACAAGUGACUAUCAUUUGUUACGUCCAUAUACACCAAUUGACGAAGUUGAGUUGGGACAGAUUUGUACCCGAACUUUUCUACAACUCAGCACACUAUACUCUGAGGAAAAGUCGGUUGAAUGCGAGAAUUUGGUGGAAACAUUGUUACCCAGUCAUUUGCGUGAACUCAUUGCAGACAACAUUAUUGGCCAUUUUGUGACUAUGUAUCCUCAAUUAUGUAUUGUAGCUCAUGACGCUUCCAAUGCCAUUGUUGGUUAUGCUGCAGCUGCCUCAAAUGUACACAGUUUCAUGCAGAAUAUGGAAGUCUGCUGGAUACCUUCGAUGAGGGAAAAAUACGCGCUGUCUUUACUGGAGAAAGACGUUAUAAACGGUACUGCCAACGAGAAAUGGCAGCAGUUAGGAAUGCCUUCUGGACUUAACGCCUUACUGAUUGAGAUGAUACGUGAAUUUCACAAUUAUGAAUAUCAAUGUCCGGCAGAAGUAAGCAAUGCAUAUCCCUCUGUGAUGACAGCCGCUGCCUUAAAAGAUGCUCUGUUGCGUGAUCAGGGUAUUUUGAAGCGUCUGAUAACAGUGGCAUUAGCAACAUUGCGUUCCAAUGGUUGCUUUGGUGUGCAUGUUCGCCUGUCCGUUAAGGAUUCCGAAAAUUUACGACAGCAUUAUGCAAAAAUCGGUUUUACUGAAGUGUAUCGUGACCAUGAGCACAAAUAUAUUUAUGUUGGACGACGUUUUUAG